AUGGCAAACUAUUUCAACCACCACUACCCCUUACCUCAACAAGUGAUCCAGCACAAGUCCCACCCAUGGCAUCCUCUGACCCUUCUCUCCACCCCACCUUACUAUGGGGGUGGGUUCACUUGUGAUGCUUGUCGACAUGGUGGCCAUGAUUUUACCUACCACUGCCCCACUUGCCACUAUGACCUUCAUGUUGGAUGUGCUUCUCUGCCUGAAACAGUGAUACGUGGAGAUCAUCAACACCCACUUACUCUCUUCUACUGUGGAUACAAAGAGGAAGGCAACACCUUCAUCUGUGAUGUCUGCCAUGGCAAUGUCCCCGACGGCUGCUGGAUCUACUACUGCAAGAGUUGUGAUUAUGGGACUCAUUUGGGCUGCGCUACAGCUGAAGCAAAUCCAGUGGCAGAAGAAGAAGAAGAAGAAGGAACAGAAGAAUAUUCCAUGGCUGAAGCUGAAAGUCGAUUAAAACUGCUUCAACUUCAAAUGCAAUUGGCUCAACAAAAUGCAGAGAGUAUAAUUGAUGCAGCACGGAUGUUGUCCAGACUAACUUAAGAGGUUUUAAGCCUCUUAUCGUGAGUUAUUAUUAUA